UUCUUGUUGGUUAGCAUACCAAGUUUGUUAGCACCUAGCCCAUGCCCUGUGCUUUUACUAGUCUUGCUUUUGCUGAUCAAAUUACUGGGUCUCUUGGUACAGUCAACUAUUAAUGGUUCAACAUCUAAUCUUGCGGACUCCUCAGGCCGACCCUAUACCACAUUGUUUUCUGGCCAGUCUGCGGCAGUGCCUUGGUUCCAUCCUUCUGGUGGUCUUCAAGGAUUGCAUAAUAUUCAUGGAAGCUUCAACUUGCCAACUGUGCCUGGUUCGCUUGCAUCCAGAGAGGCCGCAAUGGGUGUUGUACCAUCAGGUGGUGUUCAGCAACCAGGAGGAAGCAUUCCUAGUGGACGGUUCUCAUCAAACAAUAUUUUGGUUGCAUUAUCUCAGAUGCCUCAUGGCUCUGGUGUCACAAAUAGAGGGGGUAUUAAUGUUGUUGGAAAUCAUGCUUUUAGUAGUAGUAAUAUUAAUGGAGUCACUAGGUCAAUAACUGGUAUUUCCUCAAGUUCAGCUUAUGGGAAUCGUAGUUCUGUUCUUGGUUGGGGAGUUUCUCCAGUAUUGAGUAAUGUAGGGCCAAGACUUACAAGCUUUGUAGGCAACAUUGUUGGCAGUGGUAACAUCGGAAGAAGCAUCAGUUCUGGAGGAUUAUUUGUGCCCGGUUUAGCUUCACGGGUUUUACUUUAA